CGGCCCAGCUGCAUGGCCAUGGUGCACCUGGCUUGCCAGCGAUGCAGACUUCAUGGGAUGUGCGGUUCAUCAGCUUUCCAUGCGUCCUCGCUGCUUCGACAUUCCAGUACAUCCGUUUUGCCAAGAAGCCAAUGGCAGCACCAUUCCACAGGGUCACCGAGCGCGGCGCCCGGCGCCUGCUGGUGGUGGGGUUGGUGGCGGAAUUGGUGGCUCUUCGGCUCUUGCCGCUGAUGCAGGCCUAUCCAAUGAAUGCCUCUUGCUUGGUUUUCCUGUACUACUGGAAGGAAUCUAAGCGGGCCAAAGUGCUGCAAAUGAACGAGGUUCUUGCUUGCGUCCUUGCCCUAGUCGUCUGGGUCCUCCCCUGCUUGGAUCCUGGUGGUGGCAGUGUGCAUGAAGCCAUGCAGGUGGAAGUACUGUUGGAGACCUUGCUGGCUCCCGGGAGCUGUGCUUACGUGGUCAGUCUGCUCCUUGUAGGGGCAUUGAUAUGCCUCUGCUACCGAGGUGGGAACAAUCCUUUUGUGAGCUGUCUGCCAUCCGCGCUGAACUUCGGGGUAUCUUCCAUGCUGCUCAAGGCAGUGCCACAGGUUGCGGCUUCUCUUUGUAUAGCUCCACAAAGGCUGGAGCUUUGGGCUGCUCUUCCCUUGCUUGCUGUAUUCAUCCUGGCAGUGCGAAGCGCAGCAGCCUCACCCUUGAGAAAAGCCUUGGAAGCCCACGACACGCUUAGAGUUCUGGCGACUUAUGGUGUCUUGUCUGUCGUUGCGGCAGUGGCCACUGGUGGGCUGAUCUACAGCGAAUUGGCCGGUUGGAAUCCUGAGCGGCAGGCCAUCUACGUGGCACUACUGGCUGCUCACUGCUGGGGCAUGCAUUCCUUGAGUGCGGCGGAAAUGCGAGGCGGCAGCCGACGCCACGUGGAGGAAAGCAGUGUCAAGACCGCGGGCGAAAAGGCAGCAGCUGGUCCUGCACGGCAGAGCAUUGAAAUGGGGAGGCCCAGCACCUCUCCAGAUCAUCCGCCCACAAUCACCGAAGACAAGGGUCCGCUGCUCAAUUUUGAUGAGGGAGCAGCACGUCGCCGCACUGUAGAUGAUGAUGCGAUGAUGGAGGAGCAGCUCUUUGCCAAGGCUUUGGCCAGCGAAGCGGCAGGCGGAGGAAUUGCAGAGCCUCAGUUCGAAGCGGAUUUCGAGGAGCUAAUGCGUCGCUUUGAUGAAGAUGAUAGGGCAGCGCAGCCCAUCACGGAGUUGGCUCUGGAACAGGUGGAGGAUAGCGCUUCUCCUGUGUCGGCUCCUGUUCUUCCUGAUGCCACUCCCGUCCACGGUGUCCUUGCCCUGGAUGCACAAGCACUGCUUGACUCGAAUGCAAAUGAAGACGAGGACGAGCUGCUGAAGGGCAUCGAAGACAUAGAGUGAAGCCAUUGGGCGAAGUCUUGGUUCGCACGGGCACGAUGGAGAGACGCAAAAAGACUCCCACUGCGUGUGCUGUCACUGUUGUGGAAGUUGCAAAC